AUGCAAAGAAGUGGAAGAACGAUAUCGCUAAGGAAGAGAAAAGACGCCGAAAGGAAGUCACGGACUGGAAAGCCGAGGGCCAAAAGUGGAAGAAGGAGACCCAGCGCCUGCGACGGAAUGCAAGGGCUCGGGAAAGGCGAGCUGAAGAAAACCGAAGAAUCGCAGAGG